AUGCCAAAGCCAACAAGAAGACCAACACGAAAUGAUCCCGAUUCAGCAGAAGACGACAUAGACCCGACUCCAGCUACCAGUGGCUAUGCAAAUGCUGCCCGGGAGGCUAGUGCUAACGCGAGCUUCCCCGCAAAAACAAGCCUAAUCGCUAACUCUUCGGAGCUAUCAACUGAGGCUCUGCUACAGAGGAUUUCCAUGGCUGUUGCAGAGGAGGGACAGCGCACUCAACAAUCUUUGUUAGAGUCCUUCAACAAGUUCGAGGCCACGGUGGAUGCAAAGCUAAACAGCAUAAUGACGCGCAUUGACGCCGUGGUAGCCACCACCGACGCACUCAGCGUCCGAGUGACCGAAUCAGAAGCACGCAUUUCUGGGCUUGAAGACGGCAUUGCACCGCUAAAAAAGCGCUUGGAUGUAAUGGAGCAAUGCAAUAAGGCUUUAGCAGACAAGGUACUGGACUUGGAAGGUCGAUCUAGACGGGACAACAUCAGAAUAUUAAACCUGAAAGAGGCCACUGAAGGAAGCGACCUAACUAUAUUCUUGGAAGGAUUUAUUCCCAAACUUUUAAAAUUACCCGUCACUUCGGUGCCCAUCGGGGCUUUGGGGUACCUGGAGAUGGACGUCCGCGCCCGAUCAUCAUCAAACUCCAGCGUUCGCGUGAUGUCAGGGUGA